GAGAGGGAUUUUGGGGGUAUCGGGAAUUUGAGAAUUCCGUGACGGGAAUUGAGGUCCUGGAAUGGGGUCUUGGAAUUCCGGGGGUCCCGGAGAGAAUUUUGGGUGACCCCGGAGGGUCCCGGGGGUCUCCCGGUGGUGCCGGGGAUGGAUCGGGGAUCCCGAGGAGGUCCCGGGGAGGUCCCGGUGGUCCCAGUUGGGGUCUCCAGGGGGUCCCGGGAGUGGAUGAGGAUCCCAAUUCGGGGGUCUCGGGGAUGGAUCGGGGAUCCCGAGGAGGUCCCGGGGGUCUCCCGGUGGUCCCGGGUUGGAUGAGAAGCCCCGAGGUCUCCCGGUGGUGCCGGGGAUGGAUCGGGAAUCCCGACAGAGUCCCGGGGAUGGAUGAGGAUCCCAAUUCGGGGGUCCCGGGGCUGGAUUUGGAACCCCUCGGGGGUCCCGGGGGUCUCCCGGUGGUCCCGGGCCGGUACCUGGGCGAGCUUGAGGCGGCGGCCGGGGGCGGCGCGGAUGACGAGGGCGAUCAGCGCCAGAAGAAGCCACGCCCACUCGCCGCUCUCACCGCCCUUAGCCCCGCCCACCGCGGAGCAUUGCCCAUAUAUGGUAUGUGACCCCGCCCAUCAGAGCGCUCAGCCAAUCACCGCUCUCGGCCCCUCCCCUGCCUCCGCGCGCGCUGCGGGCUCGCUGCCGCUGCCGGAAGUGGCGGUGACAGCCGGCCCGGCCGCCGGUUUCCUGCUGCAGGCGCUGGUGGCCGCCGCGGACGCGCUGUCCCCUCGCUGUCCCCUCGCCGUCGCCGCGGUGCCACCGCCGGGCUCCUGGCUCUGCUCGGUGCUGUCCCAACCCUUGGUGGCCUUCGGGUGCCACCGCCUGAGCGGGGACGGCGCCACCGCCAACGUCCUGCUGGCCGCGGGGACGGCGGUGGCCGCGCUGGCCGCGGGCUGGCCGCGCUUCGUCACCGCCGGUCACUUUGUCCCCGCGGGUCACUUUGUCACCGCGCUGACGGCCGGCUCGCUGCUGGCGCUGGCCGCGCUGACCGCCAGCGUCACCGGCGCGGUGGCCGCGGCGCUG